ACACAGAGAGAGAGACAGAGAUCCGCAGAGCUGGAGCGAUCUUCCCACGACCGAACCGCUACAGGACCUGAGACCAGUGCAUUAGACACGCAACCCCCUGCUGUGGGUUCCCUCCGCUGUCCGGUAACCAGGCCGCCAUGCUGACCGUCUGAUUAGCCGUCGGUGUGCCUGUCUGGAGGAACUGACCGUUAUUCGGUGUACUGGGCCGUUAUUCAGUGGAUGUAUGUCGACGCCUCUCGGUAUGAAAUGUCUGAACUAACAACGAUGAGGAAUCUGCUGCUCGUGUUUCUCCUAACUGUCAUCUGCUUGAGACGCGAGGCGCUCUGCGGUUCUCCCAGUGUUCAGAUCGGAGGGCUGUUCCCACGCGGUGCUGAUCAGGAAUAUAGUGCGUUCCGGAUUGGAAUGGUCCAGUAUGGAACCCAGGACUUCCGCCUCACUCCUCACAUAGACAACCUGGAGGUUGCCAACAGCUUCGCUGUCACCAACUGCUUUUGUUCCCAGUUCUCCAGGGGUGUCUAUGCCAUCUUUGGUUUCUAUGACAAGAAGAGUGUGAACACCAUCACGUCUUUCUGUGAGACCCUCCACGUGUCCUUCAUCACACCGUCCUUCCCUGCUGAUGGACUCAAUCAGUUUGUCCUUCAGAUGAGACCCGACAUCAAGGGACCUCUGGUCAGCUUAGUGGAGUAUUACAAGUGGGACAAGUUCGCCUACCUCUAUGACAGUGACAGGG